UUUUAAUUUUCCUUUUUUAACCAUUGCUCUUCUUCUUUUCUCUUUCUUUUCUUAUUUUCUAUAUGCAGCAACAAGUCAAAGCAACUAGCUUAUGCAAACAUGCAGACAGACUGAAAGUGUUUAUAGGCACUUGGAACAUGUAUGGCCGAUUAUUGCCUAUUGAUUUGUCUACAUUUCUGACAAAAAACGAAAUACUGGAGACAACAACAGCACCCUCUUAUGCCCUAGAUAAAUCAGCCGUUCACCCGUAUCAUUUACUGGUGAUUGGUACCCAGGAGUGUGAAAGAGAUAUCUCUGAAUCGCUUUUUUAUCCUUCAAAAGAGGUUUGGGAGAAGCGAUUAUCGGAAUACCUUGGUUCCCAUUACAGGUUACUAAAGACAGAAACCUUGGCUGCAUUACAUAUUGCUGUGUUUGCUUGGCAGCCUGUUGCUCAUCUCAUUAAAGACGUGCAGUCUGAGCAUAUCAAGACAGGUUGGGCAAACAUGAUUGGAAACAAAGGGGCUGUCGCUGUUUCUGUCUUGAUAGGAUCUAAGUCUUUUAUUUUCAUCAACUGUCAUCUUAGAGCGCAUCAAACAAAUGUGGCAGAAAGAAAUGCAAAUGUACAUCGCAUCCUUUAUGAACUUAAGAUGCCUAAAUUCAAGACAUUAAAGCAUAAGAAAAAGAAAAAAUCCAAUCCCUGUGUGAUUGACCAAUUUGAUCAUGUAUUUUUGUUUGGUGAUACAAACUAUCGCAUCAACGCCGAACGCUCCUUUGUAUUUGAAGCUGUCCGAAAUAGAAAUUACAAAACUCUAUUAGAAUAUGAUCAACUCACUGAGGAAAGGAAAACUGAAGGCUCCCUACUUGGUCUGUUUCAGGAACAUCCUAUUCACUUUCCUCCUACUUACAAAUUAGACACCAUCAUUGUUGGCUCAUCUAGUUCUAUUCCAGGCGUAGCAAAAGAACUUGAAGAAAGACAGAAAUUUUUGACUGAUGAUAGCUGUACUCUUUUUAAUCAUACCCAUCCACUUUCUACUUAUUUUUCACAUCACAAUGUGAUUGUAGGCAGCACGCAUAAACAGAAAAAGAAACAUGGCCGAUCUUCAUCUACUUCGUCUUUACCCACAGCCAUGGCUACACCUUCCAAACUAAAAGAAAACAUGAAAAAGGCUGCUUCUUAUCAUAAAAGAGUCAUGUCUGUCACUUCUGUUAAAAGGAGAAGCCUAAGUAGAAGAUUUAUGUCUUCUGCUCCUGAUAUUAUACCCAAAAAAGACGAGGAUGAAGAGGGAAAAAAACGCAAUGAUAUGCAUCAAGAUUCCAAGGUUGCAUUGCUUGAAUUUCCUAAUACCAUCUUGUGCUACGAUAGUUCUGAAAAGCAACGCGUGCCUAGUUGGACAGACCGUAUUCUUUGGUGCGAUCAUGCUUCCACAGACCAGUUAUCAAAACGAAUGUCUCUAGCAAAUACAAAAUCAAAACUUUUUUCGUUUAAAAAAAGCAAGCAACUUUUGCGAGAUACUACUGUUUGCUAUGCUUACGAUGCAGUACUGCAUGAAUCUUUGAUGGGUGUAAGUGACCAUAUGCCUGUGAUUGGUGUAUUUGGUAUUUUGUUUGAUGAAUGGACACCACGCCAAAAAUUCAACAAAAUUUUACCCCUUAAAAAGACGUCUACAAUCCAAAGCCAACAUAAAAAAAAAUUGGUGUCUCAUAAGAAGAGACAUUGGUGGCAACGUCUUUUUGGUUAAAUAAAUC